AUGUGGAAGGGGAAAAGUGCACAGUUGGGAACGGGAAGAUGGGAAGCUCUUCCACCCCUUCCACCACACUUGUCAACAAUAUGGCUCCGUAGACGAUACACCGACGUAUCGGAAUCGCGUGACCAGAUGUUGCUCGCGACAGCAACCGUGACGAGUCUCGCAGCCGAUGCAACCUUAUCCCCCCGGCCGACAUAGUCGCGGGUGAAAGUACGAGAAAGUGUGAAUACGCGAUGCGCGUGAGUUCCUAACCUGUGCGGACGAUGUGCUUUCCAGCGGGAUCACCGCGACGUGAAUUCGUUCCCCUAGAUACGCGAAUUACAUAAAUUUCUCUACGUAAAAUUGCCCCUUGCCCCCUGUGCCUCGUUGAGAGCUCCGUGUCGAAAUGGCGUGUCAAGUGGAACGACUUAGAAUUUACUUUGUGACGUACAAUGUGGCCACGAAGUUUCCAGAUCCCAACCAAGAUCUUCAUCAGCUUCUGGGGAUUACACCUUGCGACACGUCAAUGUUGUGGCCAGAUUUAUAUUUCAUUGGUUUACAGGAAGUUAAAUCACAACCACAAAAUAUAGUACUAGACUAUAUACUAUUCGAGGAUCCGUGGACCAAAGCCUUCAGAGACGUGCUGAAGAAAUAUGAUUAUGUCAAAAUACGUUCACAACGUAUGCAGGGACUUGUUCUGAAUGCUUUCUGUCUGAGGAAGCACUUGACACAUUUAAGAAUGAUAGAAGCUCAAUAUACCAAGACAGGUUUUGGUGGAAUGUGGGGGAACAAAGGUGCGGUGAGCAUAAGAAUGAACACCUAUGGAAUCAGCGUUUGCGUGGUGAACACACAUCUGACUCCUCACGACCACUUGCUGGCCGAUAGAAUUUCAGAUUAUAAUACCAUAGUGACAGAUCACACGUUCACUGCUCCAUAUACAUCGAGAAUAUUAUAUCAUGACUAUGUAUUUUGGAUUGGUGAUUUAAACUUUCGGCUUAAUGGAGAGGAAUUAACUGCUGGGGAUAUAGAUUUAUUAGUGAAGAAGAAACAAUUGAAGGAACUUCUUGAAAGAGAUCAGUUGAGAAUGGUGAUGAAGGAGCAACAGGCUUUUGCCGAACUAAAUGAGAGUAGCAUUACAUUCCCGCCUACUUACAAAUACGAGUUUGAGUCAGAGGAAUUUGAUCUCAGGCGCAGACCAUCUUGGACCGACAGGAUUUUAUACAAAGUUAAUGCGGCAGAUAUUUACGACGACAUAGAAAUUCACGUUGAGCAGAAUACUUACAAGAGUCAUCCCGAUUACAGUAUUUCGGAUCAUAAACCUGUAACUGCAGAGUUUGAUAUUGUGGUCAGACCUAAUGUAAAAGAUCAAAUUGUGGAAUUUCAAGAGUGUACUGUAGAGGACAAUUUCAUAUCUUACAAACUACAGAGAGAUUUCACUCCGAGCAAUGGGGAUUGGAUAGGUCUCUUUUCUAACGAAUUCUCCAGUCUAGACGAUUACAUUGUUUAUGAAUACGUUAGUCGCAGUAAACCGACGUCAGUUUCUGAUGAACCUUACGCGAACACGGAACAAAUAUCAUACAAUGACUCGGCGCUUCGUCUGUCGGAAAUGUACUGCUUGGUGUAUGUAGCUCAACGUGGAGAUCUUAUGGAAAUUUUGGGUGUAAGUCCGGAAUUUUCGGGUUCUCGUAGAUCAGUCGAGCAAUGCGAUUCCUCUACAUAAAUUUUAUAGAAUCAGUUUAAAAAAAAGCUUAUGCGUGAUCAGUAAUCGGUUUUACCGAUAGAUUAAAUAUCAAGCUUUGUGCAAUUUUCUAUCUAGAUAAACAAAACUAUUUUUUGACUUGUUUUUUUAAUUAUCUUGUUAUCACAAUUUUUUCUGGAUAUAACGAGUAAAAUAGGUUUACUACUCUAAGUUGUGAGAAGGAAGGUUAAAUAUGAAUCAAGAAUUAUGGCCUUUAUCAGGGUGCUUUUGGUAUGGUGUGAUAAGUUUAUAAAUUAAAACUUACGAAACAAGACACGUAGGUUUUAGAUGUUACUUUUUUGGUACCUGGUUUUUGUGCUCUCAGGGUUCUUCGCGGCGUAUUAAUCGUCCGCUUUGGAGUGAGUGCAUCGUCACAAUUCUCUGCACGAGAUAUUUUUUUUAAUCCAUUAACACCCGCUGUUAUUAGAGAAUAGGAUAAGUACAUAAUUAUUAUUUCCUGCCUCUCGGGUGUUAAUGGUUACGUGUGCGCUCACAUGCGUUAUACAUAUAUAUAUAUACAUAUAUUGACUGUUUUCUUAGCAUAAUUUUUAGCGGAAAUUUUGAUUCUGGCAAGCUACGCUUGAAUUGUAAAAACUUACACUGUUUGUUAUAUACAUAUAUAUAGCGCGCUGUCGGAAUAAAUUAAAUGAACAAAUGUACACUGUGGUUUAAAAGGGAACGCAAGAAUAAAGGAUAUUAAUAUUUUGUA